AUGCUUAAUAGAGCUUUACGUGCACAAGACAUUGAUAUAUUAUAUAAAUUUCGAUUUUUUAUCAAAGAUCUACAUGAACAAAUACAACAAUUACAUAUGCGUCAUGUUGAAUCGAUGGAAACAAAUGUUCUGACUGUUUACCGUGGAACUCGUAUGACAAUUGAUGAACUCGAUCAAUUUAAAAAGACUAUUGGCUGCUUUUUGUCUAUAUAUCAGUUUUUAUCGACAAGUUCUGAACAAAAAAUAGCACUAGGUUUCGCUCUUCAACAUUUACAUCGUCCAAAUAUUGAAGCUGUUAUACUUGAAAUUAAAAUCAACGUACAAGAAUGUAAAACUCCAUUUGCAAAUAUCGAAAAUUUUAGUGAAUAUGACAUGGAAAAAGAGAUACUCUUUUCCUUAGGUACAAUCUAUCGAUUAGAAUCUAUAGAAAAACUAACAAACGGUAUUUGGAAUCUGAAAUUAAUACUGUGUGACGAGGGCGAUCCAAAAUUAGCGCAUCUAACCGACUGUAUAAGAGAAGAAGUUGGUGGAACCAAAGAGUUGAUAAAUUUGGCAGGAUUAAUGGAACAAAUGGGUCGGUUUAACGAAGCAAAAGAAUUCUACCAAAUAUUACUUAACGAUUCUACAUUUCAUGGGAAUGAGCCUUGCCAUUUGAGCGAUCUUUAUUGCCACCUUGGAUAUGUUUGUUACCGUGUAGCAUCGAUAGCGGCUGAUAUCCGUAUGGCAUUUGAUUAUUAUCGUCGCGCACUGGAAAUAGAUGAGAAAUAUCGACCCAAUGAACAGUCUGUUGUAUCAUUAUAUGAGAACCUUGGUAAAUUAUACCUUGACCAAAAAAUGUAUGAGGAAGCGUUAAUUCAUUUUUUAAGAGCACUCGAAAUAGAAACACAUUCUCCUUCUCCUAGACCACAAAGAGUUGGUGCUUUGUACACUCGGAUUGGAAGUGUCUACAGUGCACAAAAUAAGUUUACAGUCGCUAUAAAGUUUUAUUCUGAAGCACUUGAGAUUCAAGAAAUCAUUCUACCCAGUAUUCAUCCUGAUAUUGCCGAUACCUAUGAAGAAAUGGCAGUAACGAUGUUUAAACAAGGUGAAAAUUAUAAAAAUGCAUUCAUUUAUCUGAGAAAAUCGAUUGAAAUAUCGUUAAAAUCCUUACCCGACAAUCAUCAAUUAAUUUCACAACGUCGGGAAGGUCUAGAACUUAUUCGAAAAAUGCUUUAA